GCCCCGAGCCCCGCGCCCGCGCCCCUGGGUGCCGCCCGCGCCCGCCAUCGCCCGAGGUCGCCGCCGGAGCCGCCCGAGCUGCCUGAAUCUCCCGAGCCUUCUAGCCACCCGGCCAAGGCGCGGGCGCCGCAUCCGGGCCUGCCUUUGAGACAACCUCUGCGGCGGCGGCGCGGCCCGGGGACGCCAGGCUGGGGCAGCUCGGGCCUGGUGCAGGCCUCUCCUCUGAUCGUGCCGCGGAGCCUGCCGCCCAGGUCCUCCUGCAACCAGUGCCCAGGCUAGCUGCCUUCCCUGGGCGCCCUGUCCUGGAGCCAUGGGGCCCACCUAGCCCCUGCCUGCCCCGAUGUCCCGGCCCAGGGAUUGCUGACCUCGGCUGCUGGGGGGGCUCCCCUCACGCCCCCUUGCCAGCCUCAGCAGCCAGCGACCCUGGGUGAGCCCCUAGGUCAGACCUCCAGCCCAGGGCAGCCCCCCACACCUCCCUGUCCCCGUUUGCCUCCCCCACCACCACCACUUCCUCCUCCUCCCAGGACUGGACCAGAGAAGCCACUGUGGCCACUGGGCGGGGGGCUGACCCCCCAGCUCUCACCGGCUGCCCCUAGGAGUCCACGGGGCUGCCGGGGUCCCCACCAGGCCUGGCAGGACCAGGAUGCUGCUCCCUCUCUUCCUCCCCGCCCCUCACCGACACCCUCUCCUACCCGAAAGUCCAGUCUGACUGCAGACAGCCGAAUGCCGGCUGACCCUGGGCCCGAGGUGGGCAGUGGCUGGCCGGGCCUCCUCAUGUCCUGCCUGAAGGGCCCACAUGUCAUCCUCAAGAUGGAGGCCAUGAAAAUUGUCCAUCCUGAAAAGUUCCCUGAACUCCCGGCAGCUGCCCCCUGCUUCCCACCUGCACCCCGGCCCACCCCCACUCUGGCACCCAAGCGUGCUUGGCCCUCACACACAGAGAUCAUUGUCAACCAGGCAUGUGGGGGGGACAUGCCUGCCUUGGAAGGGGCACCUCACACCCCACCCUUGCCACGGCGGCCCCGCAAGGGCAGCUCUGAACUGGGCUUCCCCCGAGUGGCGCCAGCGGACGAGGUCAUUGUGAAUCAGUAUGUGAUUCGGCCUGCACCGGCUGCCUCUGUGGCUUCUUCAUCAGGGACUGGGACAGUUGCAGCAGGUGAGCCCCUGGAGUGCCCCACCUGCGGGCACACAUACAACGUUACCCAGCGGCGGCCCCGAGUGCUAUCUUGCCUGCACUCUGUGUGUGAGCAGUGCCUGCAGAUUCUCUAUGAGUCCUGCCCCAAGUACAAGUUCAUCUCCUGCCCCACCUGCCGCCGUGAGACUGUGCUCUUCACUGACUAUGGCCUGGCUGCGCUGGCUGUCAAUACAUCCAUCUUGAGUCGCCUGCCUCCGGAGGCACUGACUGCCCCAUCCGGUGGCCAAUGGGGGGGUGAGCCUGAGGGCAGCUGCUACCAGACCUUCCGGCAGUACUGUGGAGCUGCGUGCACCUGCCACGUGCGGAACCCACUGUCCGCCUGCUCCAUCAUGUAGUGCCCACCUGCCCACUACUGCGUGCCAGUCCUCGCUCGAUGCUGCUUCAGGGAUCUGGCCCUGCCCUGUUGCCUGCCGACCUUUCCUCACCCACUAUGGCUUCUGGUCCCACCCCAUGUGGCAUUGUCACUGCAGCCAACUUUGCCAUUAAAACUCUUUGCCAAAGUU